AUGGCUUAUAUGGCAGGUGUUGGUAAAAGCACAAUGUAUAGGAUAUUUGUUGGAUGGCUUGUUUUUUUAGAAACAAUUUUCAGUCAGUUGGACUUAAAACCAGAUGAUGGAUUUUUAUUAAAGAAAAUGCCAGAUAUUUUUGUUCGAACAGGACAUGGGCUGACCGACUUAGUUAUUGAUUGUAGUGGCCUUUUUUUCAGUGACAUAUAUCCUGGUUCAAUUAGUGACAGCGCUAUAACUAAAGAAACUGCUGUUCUUGAAUGGGUGCGACCUGAACAUGAACUUAUGUCAGAUAGAGGUUUUUCCGUACAAGAUCAUUGUUCCAUAAAAGGUGUUUUUUUAAAUCGACCUGCCCAAAAAGAUACAGAUCAAUUUUCACCUGCUGAUGUUGCUGCAAAUUUUGAUAUUGCAUCUACUAGAAUUCAUGUGGAGAGAUUCAUUGGACGAGUAAGAGAUUGGUCAAUUUUAAAUGCUGUUUGGCCUUUACAAAGAAUGGACUUACGUUCAUCAACUUGGCAAGUUCUAUGUCACAUUGUGAAUUUGACAAUGCUACCUAUUGGUCCAAAGAAAUCAAAUGUUUAA